ACAACCCGGAAGUGACGAACGAAGACAGCUUAUUUAUAUCUGCGGAAGACGAGGCCGUCCUACAGACAGGCACGUGUGAUGCUUGUGGGCACUAUGGGCCAGCUUCAGUCACAAAAACAAGAGCACGCUGGGUCUUACUUUGAUUAAGACCUGUCUCUUAAUACAAACCUGCGUCGUUGUUGUUUUGUUUUGGCGACAUUUAAUUAGGUGCCGUGAAGACUGUCAGACUGAAGCUCCGAGGAGAACACCACUCACCGGACUGUGUGCGCACCGGCUCUCACCUCCUGUGAGAAUUUGGACUUUUACGCUUUCCAUGCGCUAUGGCGGACUAUUUAAUCAGCGGACAGACGGGCUACGUGCCUGACGACGGUCUAACCGGACAGCAACUCUUCAACUGCGGAGACGGCCUUACCUAUAAUGAUUUUCUGAUCCUGCCAGGAUACAUUGACUUCACAGCUGACCAAGUGGACCUGACAUCAGCGCUGACCAAACAAAUCACAACGAAAACUCCACUGGUCUCGUCACCCAUGGAUACAGUCACAGAGUCUGACGUGGCCAUUGCUAUGGCGCUGACUGGUGGGAUUGGCUUCAUUCAUCAUAACUGCACUCCAGAGUUCCAGGCUAAUGAAGUCCGUAAAGUCAAGAGGUACAAACAAGGUUUCAUUACAGAUCCGGUGGUGAUGAGUCCUAACGAGCGGGUAAGAGACGUAUUUCAGGCAAAAGCUCGGCAUGGAUUCUGCGGGAUUCCAGUCACUGACAACGGACAGAUGGGCGGACGUCUGGUUGGCAUCAUUUCAUCACGAGAUAUCGACUUCCUCAAAGAGUCUGAGCAUGACCUGCCCCUCAAUGAGGUAAUGACUAAGAGGGAGGACCUGGUGGUUGCUCCAGCAGGAGUGACACUGAAAGAGGCCAAUGAAAUCCUCCAGAGGAGCAAGAAAGGGAAGCUUCCUAUAGUAAAUGAGGAGGGCUGUUUGGUGGCCAUCAUCUCUCGGACGGAUUUAAAGAAGAACAGAGAUUUCCCGUUGGCCUCAAAGGACUCUCGUAAACAGCUGCUUUGUGGCGCUGCCAUUGGAACACACAAAGAUGACAAAUACAGACUCGACCUGCUGGUGCAGGCUGGCGUAGACGUGGUUGUCCUGGACUCUUCCCAAGGAAAUUCCAUCUUUCAGAUUAAUAUGAUUAAGUACAUAAAAGAGAAAUAUCCCAGCCUACAAGUCAUUGGCGGCAAUGUGGUGACUGCGGCUCAGGCGAAGAAUUUGAUUGAUGCCGGAGUGGAUGCUCUGAGAGUGGGAAUGGGCAGCGGCUCCAUCUGCAUCACACAAGAAGCGCCUCUCAGUAUUCCUCCUGGUUUAAAGCGCCACAGCCCCAAAACCCCAACUACUGUUACGGGAUACUCCAUGCUAGCAUGCGGGAGGCCACAGGCAACAGCUGUGUAUAAGGUAUCAGAAUACGCUCGGCGGUUUGGUGUGCCUGUCAUCGCUGAUGGGGGAAUUCAGACAGUUGGUCACAUUGCUAAAGCACUUGCAUUGGGAGCAUCUACAGUAAUGAUGGGGUCAUUGCUCGCUGCCACCUCUGAAGCACCUGGUGAAUAUUUCUUUUCUGAAGGGAUCCGUCUGAAGAAGUACAGAGGGAUGGGUUCACUGGAUGCCAUGGACAAGAACUUGGGCUCACAGAGCAGAUACUUCAGUGAGAGUGAUCAGAUUAAAGUAGCUCAGGGAGUUUCAGGGGCUGUUCAGGAUAAAGGUUCCAUCCAUAAGUUUAUUCCAUAUCUUCUUGUUGGCAUACAGCAUUCCUGCCAAGACAUCGGUGCAAAGAGCCUCACACAGCUGAGGGCAAUGAUGUAUUCUGGUGAACUGAGGUUUGAAAAGAGGACAAUGUCAGCUCAGAUGGAGGGUGGAGUACACAGUCUACACAGCUAUGAGAAACGCCUGUUUUAAAGAAGACACUACAGAUACCAGUACAUGCAAAGCCAAACUCACAUAAACCCCCAUUAAUGGACUUCCACGCAUGCUUUUGCACAUACAGGCACCCAAACACACUGAGAACCUCAGCUUCCUCUUUCUCGUCUUCCCAGCCGCCUUUCCUCUUAACGAGGAGAGAAAGCGUGUGUGAAUGUCUGCAAGCAUAUGCCAGUUUGCCUGAAUGUGUGCAUUUGUGUGGUUGUGCGGAACGCAUGAUGUCUGCUGAUUUUAUCAGAUGCCUUACAUGUCAAAAAAAAAUGUUUCUGAUUGUAAUCAUUUGACAACUUUUGUUGGAAAAUAUAAAAAAAUAAAUUGCCACAGAUAUUUGUCUUGUCUUGAUUAAUAAAAUACAAACAUACCUGCAUGUGUAUCAUUAUAAGCAAUAAACAGUCAACAUUCUCUGUCCAGAGAAGCAAACAGGAUGAUUGAGUGCAGUUGAGCUGUGUGAAACAGGAAGUGUUGUAUUUUAAUGGGAUUUCUGUCAAGUUUGUUAUAAAAAGAGAACUGACCGUUCAAGUUAGGUGCAUGCGAAUACCUUCAUAAAAAUGUGCCUGUCGUGUAAAAUACAACAUUUUUCACUUGCAUGUGUUUUUCAUCAUAAAUUAGUUUUCAAAUCCUGAAUCUGUGGGUGUGUGGGUAGAUGUCUGCUCAACAUUGACACUGGUACGUUAUUCCUCAUUUUGCAAGCGUGUCUCAAGGGAACCAGCCUUCACCUCCAAAACCACCGGACUUUCCAAACAAGCGUUCACACAUGCUCACUAAUGGAUCCACACCUGGACAGGUUGGGCUGAGAGCUCCAGGUGGCUCCUCAUAAACGAAAUAUGAUAUUGGCCCGUUAGUGAGCUCAGCCCAGCUGGGCCCAAAUCUCUUAACGCUUUUAUACACAGCAAAAUUGAAAUGACUGACAGAUCUAUAUUACUGUGUAGCAAUAUUGCAAUAUUGAAAACUAGAACUUUUUUGAUUAAAAAAAAAAAAAUUAAGAAUAUGCAUAUAUAUAAUUCUCAUUUUAAACUAUAAUUUGAAUUAUAUAUUAUUAAUAAAUAACAUAUAUUACACCUACAAUCAAAUAAGUGUAUCAACCAUAAUAGUAGAAGCACCUUUUGAUGUAACAGACAAAGAAAUAUAAGUUAAAAGAAAGAGAUAGGAAUUAUCAGAAGAGAAAAGAGAAGGGAAAGACAUUGAGAUGUUUGGAGGGGGGAGGUUGUGGGCAGUCUAGUGAAGAAGUGAAAGUAAAAAUGUUCCUCAGAUUUCUGAGGAGGAAGUCAGUACGCAUAAAUACGCGAACACUCUUUGACAAACUCGCACAAGCCAGGAGGGAGAGAGAGCGCAAAAAAACAGGAGGAAUGGCGGGAGCAGGGAACAGGUUUUUCAAGACACAAGCCUACAGAUGAAACGAGAUAAAUAAACAAGUUUGAUUCAUUGAGGCACCAAACUUGUUUGUGGUAAAAGCUGUUUGAAUGUUAUUUCUUUUUUCUUAUUUAAUAAAAGUACACUUUGUAUGUAAAGUAGCUUGAAAUUUCCAUACAAAAAAAAAAAAAAAAAAACAGUUAAAUGAUGAAGUAUUGGCAGAAGUGUUUGUUCACAGAGUGUCUGUGAAAAUGGCCACAGCAGUUUGGAAGGUAACGGAACCCAUAAUGCAGCUGUUUGCUUGAUUGACAGCUGGCUAUGGAUUCCGUGCCCUUCCUCUCUUGCAGGAGCUUGAAGAUGAAAAUUGUGUGUGUUGGGGGAAUUCAGGAGUUGGCCUCAUUCAGACAUGAUAUUGAAUGUGAAUUUUACUUCUGUAUUACUUGAAAUGUAUCACUUGAAAUUAUAGUUGAGUCAGAAAUGUGUAUGUGUGUACUGUAUAUGAGUUCUGAUGUUGCUCUGGAAUGACACGUUUUCUCCCGGAUCGCCAGAAAUAUUUUUCGCCACCGGGAACUUCGUGUCAGCCAAGAUUGGCAUCACUUCCUGACAAUCACAAAUCUUCAGAAUCUUCAGUAAUCAGUACAUCACAUAAUCUCUUACUAAAAUGCGUCAUCAGACAUUUGAAUGUUGUCUCUGGAAUUCUCCAAUAAAUUAAGAACAUUUGUCAUGCA